CGUUGGAACUGGUCCAUUCCAGUCAUCACACGUCCAAAGGUGUUUACAGCAAGCACCUCCCACCCAACCUUUCUCUAGAGAGAGGUACCACCACAUAUACGCAGCUUAGACUCACUUACACACGACAUCUCGGCACAACACGUCCGCGGCCGUCCUACACACUCUCACACCUCUACGCAUCACAUCCAUAUACCGCCACAAUGAGAUACCAGAUUGCGCAGCCCCACGAGUACCUGGCCAUCACUGGCUCAGGUAUCAAGACGGUCCGCAUCACAAAGGCCGCCUGGGUAUGGCCCUUCCAGCGAUGCGCCCGCUUUUCGGUGCAGCCCCACGAUUAUGCCAUGAAUCUGCAAGCAAUGACGCGGGAGAAGCUUCAAUUCCUUCUUCCAGUCGUCUUAACCGUCGGCCCUGAUGUAAACACACGGGGCGCCAAUAGCACCAUUCAGGGUGCGUCCGCAGAGGACGAGGGCAACGAGGACCGCGGAGACGCACUGGUGAAGUACGCCAUGCUUCUUGCCGACUCGGACGAGAAACAGGGUAGCACGACCCAGUACCUCGAGAACAUUGUCAAGGGUAUCGUAGAGGGUGAGAUUCGUGUGCUCGUGUCGAGCAUGACCAUGGAGGAAAUAUUUACCGAGAGAGAGGAGUUCAAGCGCCGCAUCUUUCGCAACAUUCAGGGCGAACUGGACCAGUUUGGUCUCAAGAUCUACAAUGCCAACGUCAAGGAGCUCAAGGACGCCGUUGGCUCGACCUACUUCCAAUCUUUGUCCCAGAAAGCGCACGAGGGUGCCACCAACCAGGCCCGUAUCGAUGUCGCCGAGGCCCAGCUCAAGGGUACGGUCGGUGAGGCCCACCGCCACGGCCAGCGGGACCAGGAGAUUGCCAAGAUUCACGCCGACACGGCCGUCGCAAAGACGGAGCGUGAUAUCGAGCGUGCUGUCGCCGAGGCCAGGCUGGCCACCGAGAAGACCAAGCUCGACCAGGAAGUCGACAUCGCCCGCAUCCAGGCUGUCCGCGCCACAGAGGCCCAGGACGAGGAGCUCAAGAAGACGGUCCAGACUCGCCGUGCCGCGGCCGAGCUCGAGCGUCUCCGUGCCAUUGACGUCGUCAAGGCCGAGAUUGCAAAGGAGGCGACGCAGCAGGCCGCCGAUGCCAAGGCAUACGAGGUGCAAGCCCAAGCCAAGGCCGAUUUCGAGAAGAUGACACGCCAGGCCGAUGCAAAGGCCUACCAGGUCCAGGCCGAGACCAAGGCAAAGACGGACAUGAUGACCCGGAACGCCGAUGCUGCAGCCUACUCGACCAGAGUCGACGCCGAGGCCGGCAACCACGCCGCUCUCCAGGCCGCGGACGCUCAGCUGGCCGCCCGUCUCAAGGAGGCGGAGGGUCUCAGCGCCAUGGCCGAUGCCUACAUGAAGAUGAGCCAGGCAUUCGGUGGUCCCACAGGCCUGCUGAACUACAUGAUGAUCGAGAAGGGCACUUUCGUCCAGCUCGCGCAGGCCAACGCGGCUGCCGUCAAGGGCAUGCAGCCCAAGAUCAACGUGUGGAACACUGGUCCCGAUGCUGGUACUGGUAGCGGAAGCGGUGCUGGCGGUGGUAGCGAGACUGCGGCCCUCCGUAACGUCUACCAGAUGCUCCCGCCCCUGAUGUCGACGAUCCACGACCAGACGGGUAUCUCACUCCCCGAGUGGCAGUUUGGGCGCAUGCCUGCCGCGAAUAACGACAGCCAGGUCGCGAACGUUGAGGCCAAGCAACACGGUGUGAAUGGCCACAAGUAGUAGGCUCGCUUGGCUAGCGAGCUGAUUGUGAGCUUACGAACUUGCACUUUUCUUUUGUCUUUGGGUUUGUGUGGCUCUGGCAGCGAUACCAUGUAUAUCAUAGUUUUGCUUUGCUCUUCCAUCUCCUCCAUUUAGGGUAACGUCAUUGCUCCUCUGAAAGCUUGGAGCCAUUGAUGUUACAAGGAGACUUGGCUGGCGACUUCUCCUUUGUCAUUUUCCUGUCCGAUACCCCUGCAUUCUAGCAUAUAGAUCGCAAAUACAACAGCGCGCUACUUAAAAGUAUGUAACUGCCUUCGCACAAAGGGAAGAUGAAGAAUGGUGCAGGCACGGUCCGGCGCGCCUGCAAUAAGCUCAUAGGGAGCAUCAACUGCUUGAGGCAGGUGGUCAAGUGGUCCAUUAUAUCCUCG